GCGCGCGCGCGCGGCGGGCCCAGGUACGCGGACAAGAUGGCGGCGGCAGCGGUCGACAGCGCGAUGGAGGUGGUGCCGGCGCUGGCGGAGGAGGCCGCGCCCGAGGCGGCGGGCCUCAGCUGUCUGGUCAACCUGCCCGGCGAGGUGCUGGAGUACAUCCUGUGCAGCGGCUCGCUGACGGCCGCCGACAUCGGCCGCGUGUCCAGCACCUGCCGGCGGCUGCGCGAGCUGUGCCAGAGUAGCGGGAAGGUGUGGAAGGAGCAGUUCCGGGUGAGGUGGCCUUCCCUUAUGAAACACUACAGCCCCACCGACUACGUCAAUUGGCUGGAGGAGUAUAAAGUUCGGCAAAAAGCUGGGUUAGAAGCCCGGAAGAUUGUAGCCUCAUUCUCAAAGAGGUUCUUUUCAGAGCACGUCCCUUGUAACGGUUUUAGUGACAUUGAGAAUCUUGAGGGACCAGAGAUAUUUUUUGAGGAUGAAUUGGUGUGUAUCCUAAAUAUGGAAGGAAGAAAAGCUUUGACCUGGAAAUACUAUGCUAAAAAAAUUCUUUACUACCUACGCCAACAGAAAAUUUUAAAUAACCUUAAGGCAUUUCUUCAGCAGCCUGAUGACUAUGAAUCGUAUCUUGAAGGUGCUGUAUACAUUGACCAGUACUGCAAUCCUCUUUCUGACAUCAGCCUCAAAGAUAUCCAGGCCCAGAUUGACAGCAUCGUGGAGCUUGUUUGCAAAACCCUUCGAGGCAUAAACAGUCGACACCCCAGCUUGGCCUUCAAGGCAGGUGAAUCUUCCAUGAUAAUGGAAAUAGAGCUCCAGAGCCAGGUGCUGGAUGCCAUGAACUAUGUCCUUUAUGACCAACUGAAGUUUAAGGGGAACCGGAUGGAUUACUAUAAUGCCCUAAACUUAUACAUGCACCAGGUUUUGAUUCGCAGAACAGGAAUCCCAAUCAGCAUGUCCCUGCUCUACCUGACAAUUGCCCGGCAGCUGGGGGUCCCACUGGAACCUGUCAACUUCCCCAGUCACUUCUUGUUAAGAUGGUGCCAAGGUGCAGAAGGGGCAAGCCUGGACAUCUUUGACUACAUCUACAUAGAUGCCUUCGGGAAGGGAAAGCAGCUGACUGUGAAGGAGUGUGAAUACUUGAUCGGUCAGCACGUGACAGCUGCACUGUAUGGAGUGGUCAAUGUCAAGAAGGUGUUGCAGCGAAUGGUGGGAAACCUUUUAAGCCUAGGAAAGCGGGAAGGUAUCGACCAGUCCUACCAGCUCCUGAGAGACUCGUUGGAUCUAUAUCUGGCAAUGUAUCCAGACCAGGUGCAACUCCUCCUCCUUCAAGCCAGGCUCUACUUCCACCUGGGAAUCUGGCCAGAGAAGUCUUUCUGUCUUGUCUUGAAGGUGCUUGACAUCCUCCAGCACAUUCAAACCCUAGACCCCGGGCAGCAUGGGGCGGUGGGCUAUCUGGUGCAGCACACGUUAGAGCACAUUGAGCGCAAGAAGGAGGAGGUGGGCGUGGAGGUGAAGCUGCGCUCCCAUGAGAAGCACAGAGAUGUCUGCUACUCCAUUGGGCUCAUUAUGAAGCAUAAGAGGUAUGGCUAUAACUGUGUGAUCUAUGGUUGGGACCCCACCUGCAUGAUGGGACACGAAUGGAUCCGAAACAUGAACGUCCACAGCCUGCCUCAUGGCCAUCAUCAGCCUUUCUAUAACGUUCUGGUGGAGGACGGUUCUUGUAGAUAUGCAGCCCAAGAAAACUUGGAAUAUAACGUGGAGCCUCAAGAAAUCUCGCACCCUGAUGUUGGACGCUAUUUCUCAGAGUUUACCGGCACUCACUACAUCCCGAAUGCGGAGCUAGAAAUCCGGUAUCCAGAGGACCUGGAGUCUGUGUACGAAACGGUGCAGAAUAUUUACAGUGCGAAGAAGGAGGACGUAGAGUAACGUCUAGUAGAGGACACUGCGCCUUUGCUGCUGCUGUCCUCCAGGAGAACAGGAUUCCGGAAGAAGACGUCUCCACGGAUCCCUCUGGAUUCACACCACCAGGAAAGCCACUUAACCAGUAGCCCUGGUUGCCUCCUACCAACUUUAAAUAACGUGUGCUCUCCUCCAGCCGCAAAGACAAUGUUGCUCUCCGCCUACACUAGUGAAUUCAUUUGACGGCACUGUGUUCAGUGGCAUGGCUUGUGUGCUUGUCCUGUGGUGACAGUUCGUGACAUUCUGUCUUCAUGAGGUCUCACAGUCCACACUCUUAGAGUCAUCCUUCCUGCUCACUUCCUGUACGUCUGUCUCCACCUGUCUCAGAACAUUUCACUUGCCAGACAGAGGGGGCUUCCAUGUUGGCAAUAAUUUCUUUCUACUUUCUCUGCGGGACGCGUGCGGUCCUGAGUAGGGCUGCUUUGUCAUUUUACCCUGAAUUCAGUUGCUUAUUUCAGAGGUGACUCUGUGAGUGAUGUGGCUGCAUCUGAGAGAUGGAGACAUUAACAGACUAAUGGUAGUCAGAAUCAUCUGCGUUUAUCUGUCCUAAUACAUGAAACAGAUUUCAGGCGUUUUAUUUGAGUUGGGAGAAUGGCAUAGCUUUUCCUUCCGUGUCCCUCUCAGAUUUAUGCUCAUCUCUCUACAAAUCCUUAGUUUUCUCUUUCAUUACAUAAAGUCUUCUGAGCAAGUGCAUAAUAAUGGCCUUUAUGGACAGAUUUUUCCAUGUUCAUCUAUUCCUCCCUUUAAAAUAACUACUUUAUUUCCUUUUAAUUUUAAAAGUCAUUGCAGUAUCAUGAAUAGAUCUUAAGUCAGUGAUGGGUUCUCUUUACAGUAGGAAGUACAAUCUGUUGUUAAAAUGUUUGCUUUUAGAAACUGUACGCUGUGGUCUUCGCAAAGACCCGAGAAGGUUUCUCACCUUUGUAAUCAGAAAAAUAUAAUGAAACUUGUAAGUUUUUUAAAACGGAAAGAGGAGUUUCCAUGCCCCCAUCAUCCCUUAGAAACACUCUAAGACCAUUUUGAAUGUGGCGGGUGGAAAAACAAGUAAAACGUCUUUAACCGUGCAGAGCGUUCGAUCAGCAGGGAAGGCGAUAGGGGUGUCGUCCUGCCUUCCUGAAGCACCGCUGUCCUGAGGAUGCCACCAGGUCCUUGCACGGCUCCAGAUGCCUGCCACUCCACCUGCCCAUUCUCGAGCAAGCUAGUUCAUUCAUAGUGAACCAGUAGAAGCUAACUUCUGGAGUUAGGACCUCCUUACUUUCGGAGUUGAAAAGAACCCAAUUGCUUUGGUGAGUGAGGCCUCAGGGGCUGUGAUCCAGCCCAGCUUCACCACCCUUCUGUGCGUUUGCAUGCUGUUUUUCCAUGCCUAAUUUGAUGACCGCCUCUCGUUUACCCCUUGGAAGCCCUGGGAUUACUGAGGUUUGGGGCAGCCACCCGAGACCACUUAGUAGUAACUGCUGGUUGGUAAGCAGUUAUUAGAGGUGAGGGUCCGGCCGGCCGGCUCCUGCCAGCCUGAGUUAGCUCUCGCCAGGGUCCACAUCCCUAGUCAGUCAGAUCCAGAGCCUGAGGGUUUCGAUCUGCCUGGGAAAUGUGACCACUUCCAGCACCCAGCCUGCUGAGGCCAGGGGUCUUAACACUACUCUUCGUUUAAAGGUGAGAACUAGUUAAUCUGGAGGUAAUACUAACCAGAUGCAUUACUAAGAAACUGGAGCAUGCUGAGUCAUAAUUGCUGGUUUUCUGGUUUGAUUUCCUAUUUCCUUAGAGUAACAUCAAAGCCAAGAAGGAUGGUUUUACCUUUACUGACCCAAUGUAAAUAUGUAUCUAGACCGUUUUUAAAUGUGUUUCUUCAUGAAUGCUUCAUUUGGCUCCAGGAAGCCUGUGUCACCUGUGUAAGUUGGUAUUUGGGCACUUUAUAUUUUUCUAAAAACGUGUUUUGGAUCUCCUGUACUCUAAUAAAUCAUAAGUUUCUUUUUAAAUUUUUUUCCAAAAGUUUCUCCAUUUUAAAAAGCCCUGUUACAACAAAGUAGAACUUUCACAAUGUUAAAAUAUUAAAUAUUUGGACAUAGUAAUUUCUCUUCAAAUGAAUGCCAAGAUUUUUUUGUACAAUGAUUAAUAAAUGGAACUUAACCCAGAGAAACCACACAAGUGGCCUGCCCAAUUUCGUUUCGGAACAGAAAGCCCGGCCUUGACAACAGCAGAGUGUCUCUGGCUUCUCUUCUGAUCCAAACAUGACAAAAUUGGCUCUAUUGAAUUUUUCUUAACAUUGGUAAGCGCACAGGGCACCUUUAUUCUGUAGGUUCCUGCCAAAGGUCAGUUCUGUUAGCUGGCUAGGAAUGGUUGAAACGCAAACGUUGCAGCUUGUCACUGAUGUUACACUAUGUGUUGUAAAUUGAGAAGGGCAGGCGCCUUGAGAAAUGUUAGGUUCUCAACGCGUUGGUAACGAUGUGAUAGCUGCGAGACAUGCCACACCCGUUCUUUGUGACGCUGCUGGGUGCCAUGUGGAGAGGACCCGACAUGGGCCAGUCACCCACGUCCUACCCCACAAUGGGUCUCAGCCUUUGAAUGUGCUGUUGUGCAUUGUGACUUUAUGAGAGGAGAAUGUAUGUGCCGUGUCUUCCCUACUUCUUAGACCCUAGAACUUUCCUCCCCGGCACACACACGCAGCAUCCCCGAGGUCCAAUGUUUUGCAGACGCACUUUGGGAAACAUCAGUUAUAUCCAAAAGUAGUCUUCGUUGGCCUCAGACUGGUUUGGCCAAGCGUCUCGUUUGGAAACUUCCAUCUAAUUGGAUUUUGAAAGGUUGGCUUCAUGUGUUCUCCCCUAAACCUCAUGAUAGAUCUCCAUUGUAAGUGCAUUUACACAGCAAAAUUGUUUUAUCGUGAAAACCAGCAUUAAUACUGUUGCUAAAUAAGUUUUACAUUUUCUAAUGUCUACUUAAAGUCUUGUUCUGAUUUUAAAA